GACUUUUAUUUUAUUUUUUAACUUAAUUAUUUACAUCUUAGCGCCUUUAAUUGAAAAUGGACUGUGUGGAUUUUCCAAGAGUGCUGCCAAAUUCACCGAGGAAAGCACGGGGACAAAUUCAGGUUAUCUUUGGACCGAUGUUUUCAGGCAAAAGCACUGAACUGAUGCGAAGAGUGCGCCGUUUCCAGAUAGCCCAGUACAACUGCUUGGUGAUCAAAUAUGCCAAAGAUAUACGUUAUUCUGACACAGGCAUGGCCACACAUGACAGAAGCACAAUGGAAGCUGUACCAGCCAAUUGUCUGGAAGAUGUACGGUCUCUGGCAUUACAAGUCUGUGUCAUUGGAAUUGAUGAAGGACAGUUUUUUCCAGAUACAGUGGAGUUUUGUGAACAGAUGGCCAAUUUAGGGAAGACAGUUAUUGUGGCUGCUUUGGAUGGAACCUUCCAGAGAAAGGCAUUUGGAAACAUCCUGAACCUGGUCCCUCUGGCGGAGAGCGUAGUGAAGCUCCAUGCCGUGUGCAUGCAGUGUUACAAAGAAGCUGCCUAUACCAAGAGGAUAGGGGCAGAGAAGGAGGUGGAAGUGAUUGGUGGAGCUGACAAGUAUCAGGCGGUGUGUAGAAAGUGUUAUGGGGGUUUGGGGGUGGACAAAGAGAACAGUGGUCCCUUCAGGAAAGAAACUCCACAACAUGUCCUCGCAGGAAAACUCAUGGAUUCUGCUGUUCCCAGGAAGCUUUUCUCCUCUCUCCACCUCUGACCACAACAAGACUUGUUGCAGAAGUUGAAUAUAAAUCCAUGAAUCAAAUGAGACCGAGAGAAGAGCAGCGGAAGGCAAAUGGGAUUAUCUAACAUAUUGAGGUUCCUGGUAUUUUAGUGUUUGUAUUUGGUGUCUAAUUGGUGGGUAUGUUUUUAUUUUAUGUAUGUUUUGACAAUGA